UAAAUAUUUAUAGAAAUAUUUUAUUGGCAAUCAGCAAGUAGAAUUACUGUAUUAUCGGCAAAAUGUUUCGUUCAAAAAAUAAUAGAUAGCGUAAUAAAACAACUAAUUUUCCAUAAUUUUGACAUUUGUUCUGAAUUAUAUUUCUUGGUGAGACAAGAAAAGUUAUAUAUACUGUAUAACUUUUUAUUAAAUAGAUAAUUAUUUAUUGUGACAAUGACAUCUGUCAAAGAUCCAUUAAGAGAAGACAUUGAAAGUGAAUCACCUUUUUUGGAAAAUUCAGCAGAUCAUAAUUUAAGAUGUGAAUCGCCAAAACGUGGAACUACUCUUUCGACAAGUACAAGUAGCUUUGAAGCAUUGGAUCCUCAUGAUCCCAAUCUUAGUCGUUUAGCUAAUACGAUGUUUCAAAAAACUGGAGAAUAUUUACAAGAAGAACUUACCGCUACCCAUGCUGAUUAUCGUUUACUAGAACGAUUAAAUAAAGAAACUAUUGCGAAGUAUACAGAAUUAAAAACAAUAUCAUCUAGUGUAGCCCAAUCUUUGGAUUCUUUAAACGAAAAAUAUAAAAAAUUACAACCAAUUUUAGAUAAUAUCAAUGAAAUUGACGAUAGUGUAACUAAACUAGAACAAGCUGCAUAUAAAUUAGCAGCAUAUUCAAAACGAUUAGAAGCAAAAUUUAAGGAUAUUGAAAAAGAUACAAAAAAUAAAUAAAAUUGUAAUCUAUCAAGGUAGAAAUAUACAAUUAAGUUAAAUAUUGUAUCAUUUAAUUAUUUAAAUAAGAAAUGUAUAUUAAUGAAAUUAAAAUUAUAUUUUUUGUUAUAAAAAAGGUAAGAAAUAAAAACAAUUAUUAAUUUUAAUUUAUAUAAUUAAUUAUAUUAGAAUACAGUCUCACACAGAUACACACACAUUUUUUUUAUAAAGAUUCUGUAAAAAUGUGUUUGUGUUUUUUUUCUUACACUAUAUCACAUAAUAUAUUUCUAUAUACUACAUAUUAUAUUUUAUUUAUAAAUGUAUGUUAAUUAUUUUCUACAUGGGAAAUAUGAAACAUGAUUAAAGUUGCCAGAAAAUAAUAAAUAAGAAGUAAAAUUUGUAAUUUGAAUAGAAAUCAAAAAUAAAUAUUCUUAUAUAUAAUAAAAAAUAUAA